CAACAGCUAGUCAAUCACCUCCGUAGCUUCAUUGCCAAAAAAACAUUGAAGCUCUUUAAACUCUGUCGGUGUAUAUUAGCCACUGUGUUUUAAACACACUUGUCGUAUCUACUUGCUAGUUACCCUAUUUAAUAUUUACGUUGUUGUUAGUCAGCUAGCUGGCUGGGUAAAUUAGCAGUAGCCUAGUCACUAAUGCUAACUGGCUAUCUAGCUAACAUCCCAACCAUGAGCUCACUAAGCUACUCUCCUCCUUCUAAAGAAGAGGUCUGCUGGACGGAGAAAGAAGCUCUGGGGCUGAACAUUGUCGUGAAAGAGGAGAAGGAAGAGGAGGAUGUCACAGUAAAACAAGAAGUAGAGGGUGGUGAGGCUGUUACCGUGAAAGAAGAAGAGAAAGACGUUAAAUUGACCGAAGAUGAAGAAGCUUUUAGAUUGAAAGAGGAGGAGGAUGUCACAGUGAAGGAAGAGGGAGACGCGUUCAGAGUGAAAGAGGAGGAGGGGGAGAUGACUGUCGCAGUGAAAGAUGAGGAAGACAUUUUUGGAAUAAAGGAAGAGGGGGAGAUUACUGUCACAUUGGAAGAAGAAGAGGAGACUGGAGAUCUGAUUAACAACAGAGAGAGACCAGACUCUCAUUCUGACAGACGCAAGAAGAGUUCUUCGGGGGAACCAGACACAGAGACGGCCAAACCAGUGAGACGACACCACUGCUCCCAGUGUAGUUUGAGUUUUAAGUGGUUAUGGAAUCUUAUACAGCAUGAGGGGACACACACAUGGGAGAAACCACACCCCUGCUCCCAGUGUGGAAAGAGAUUUACCCUGUUAGGGAACCUGAAAAAGCAUAAAGGAAUACACACAGGAGAAAAGCCUUUCCAAUGUUCCCAGUGUGGAAAGAGAUUUUCACGAUCAGAGCACCUAAAAUCACAUGGUAGGACACACACUGGGGAGAAACCAUACCAUUGUGCCCUGUGUGGAAAGGAUUUUACCCAGUUAGGGAACCUAAAAAAACAUGAGAUGAAACACACAGGCGAAAAGCCUUUCCAAUGUUCCCAGUGUGGAAAAAGAUUUUCACGAUCACAGGAACUAAAAUCACAUGAGAGGACACACACGGGGGAUAAACCACACCACUGCUCCCAUUGUGGAAAGGGUUUUACCCAGUUAGGGAGCCUGAACAAACAUAAGAGAAUACACUCUGGAGAAAAGCCUUACCACUGCGCCCAGUGUGGAAAGCGUUUUACCCAGUUAGGGAGCCUGAACAACCAUAAAAUAAUACACACAGAAGAAAAGCCUUUCCAAUGUUCCCAGUGUGGAAAGAGAUUUUCACGAUCACAUUACCUAAAAUCACAUGAGAGGACGCACACAGGGGAGAAACCGCACCACUGCUCCCAUUGUGAAAAGAGUUUUACCCAGUUAGGAAGCCUGAACAAACAUAAGAAGAGAAUACACUCUGGAGAGAAAUCUUAACAUACUUUCCUGGACAGAGGACCUUAAAUCACAUGACAGAAUAGAGAGGCUGUGUUCUGACUUAUUUAUUUUUAAAUGAAAUCAUAUUGUUUAUGAUAUUGUCCCCUGUAGCUCAGUUGGUAGAGCAUGGCGCUUGCAAUGCCAAGGUUGUGGG